AUGUCUUCUCCUAAAUGCUUGUUAGAGUUAUUCCUGCUCGGAGUAGUAGUGAUUCUCUCUGCUACCCCCACAUCACUGGCUAAUCGCCUAGAACCUCCUAAAGGUAAAGGCGAGAAACCACCCCUAAACCAUAAGCCCCCACGGGUUCACCUUUUAAGUGAGAAUGUAGGGGACUUUCAUGGACCUCCAAAGGAUAAGGGUGAGAAAACACCACCUAAACACCAACCCCCACAUGGACACCUUCUAGUUGAGGAUGAAGAGGAUUCUUUUAAACCUCCUAAGAGUAAGGGAGAGAAGUUUCCAUCACAAAAUCCUCUGCCAGGAUAUAGACGCCUUUUGGCAGAGGAUGUCGUGGAGGACUCGCAUAAGGGUAAGGGAUAUAAGCCACCACACGGACAUCUUUUAGCCGAGGAAGAAGUAGUGGAGGACUCACACAAAGGAAAGGGAGAGAAGCCACCUCCAAAGCAGAAGCCACCACAUGGACAUCUUUUGGCAGAGGAUGUCGUGGAGGACUCGCAUAAGGGUAAGGGAUAUAAGCCACCACACGGACAUCUUUUAGCCGAGGAAGAAGUAGUGGAGGACUCACACAAAGGAAAGGGAGAGAAGCCACCUCCAAAGCAGAAGCCACCACAUGGACAUCUUUUAGUUGAGGAAGAAGUAGUCGAGCACUCACACAAGGGAAAGGAACAGAAGCCACCUCCAAAACACAAGCCACCACACGGACAUCUUCUAGCUGAGGAAGAAGUAGUGGAGGACUCACACAAAGGAAAGGGAGAGAAGCCACCUCCAAAACACAAGCCACCACACGGACAUCUUCUGGCUGAGAAAGAAGUAGUUGAGGAUUCACACAAAGGAAAGGGAGAGAAGCCACCUCCAAAAUCCAAGCCACCACACGGACAUCUUCUGGCUGAGGAAGAAGUAGUUGAGGACUCACGCAAAGGAAAGAAAGAGAAGCCACCUCAUAAGCGUCCACCAACCAACUGA